GGCUUUUGGUUCAGGAUGGAAACCUCUUCGAUUUUUCGGAGCCGACGAUGCUCCAUCAUGCGCAACUGCAAAAGCGGUCUCUCCUUGUGGCUGGUGGUAUGGAUGGUCCUUGGCAAGCCUAGUUCGGUGUCUGCGUGUCCGCAGAACUGCGUGUGCUACCCUACACCGAUGACUGUGAGCUGCCAGGCGCAGAACUUCACCGCCGUGCCCGUGGGAGUGCCCUACGAGUCACAGCGCGUGUUCCUCCAAAACAACAGGAUCACGGAGCUCAGAGUUGGCUCUUUUGGCUUUGGGACUCAGGUCCUGUGGCUUUUCUCGAACAACAUCACGUGGAUUGAAGCUGGGGCUUUCAGUGAGCUGAGGGACUUGGAGGAGUUGGACCUGGGGGACAAUCCUAGCCUCCACAGACUGGAGGGGGGAGCCUUCCGUGGUUUAGAGAAACUGCAGAGCCUCCAUAUGCACCGCUGCAAGCUCACUGCGCUGCCCCAUGACAUCUUCCACAAACUCUACAGUCUGCAAUUCCUAUAUCUGCAGGAGAACCACCUUCACUUCCUGCAAGAUGACAUCUUCUCUGAUCUGAUCAACCUAAGUCAGCUCUUCUUGCAUGGCAACCGUAUCCGCACUCUCUCCGAAAAUGUGUUCCGAGGCCUGGUCAACCUGGACAGGCUGCUUCUCCAUGACAACCGCAUCCGCCAGGUGAACCGCCGGGCCUUCAGAGACCUGGGCCGUCUCACUAUGCUGUUCCUUUUCAACAACUCUCUGGCCGAGCUGCCCAGCCAAACACUGCGGGACCUGCAGGGCAUUGAGUUCCUGAGACUCAAUGCUAACCCCUGGUCCUGUGGCUGUGAAGCACGGCCCGUGUGGGAGUGGUUUCGUGAGGUACAUGUUUCAUCGUCUGAAGUCAUCUGUGCUUCUCCCUCCACUCGCCGCGGCCAGGACAUGCGCUUCCUUCGGGAAAUGGACUUUGCUCUCUGCCCCCUGCCCGACCCUGGCUCCAUCGCUGGGUCCACCACAACCACCUUCAGCACCAAAACACGCUGGUGGUUCCACAAAAACAAGCCCCAGUCAUCCACCAAAGGUGUGUUUGAGAAGGCAUCAGAGACAGUGAAGGCUGGUCUAUAUGGCAAAGGGCCCUCCACCACCACCUCUGUAGUGAAGUAUGAGCUGGGCGAGGAGGAGCUGGCUCUGCCCAAACUCGACCCAGAAGAAUACUGGGCCAAUUACGGCAAUGAGGACUCUGGCAUCACAGUGCGCUGCUUCGAGCUUGAGUGUCCGCCUGAGUUUGACCUGCCACCCUCCUCCUCCGCCUCACCCUCUGUAUUGUCCAUUCUCUCCUUAUGUCUACUCACAGUCCCCAUCCAUCUGCUGUUUGGUUGAAAGACUCUUAGCCCCUCCUUCGGCCUGUUUUAAAGCCACGGGGCCCCUGUCAGACUGUCUACACCCCCUUUGCCUGCUCUGCCUUUAGUAAAGGUGCAGCGAGAGAGAUGGGGGGGCGCUUAGAUUGUGAAUCUAGCACUUACAGGGCUUUAUACUUUCAGGGCUGCUAAGAGUACUUCAGCUGUCAUAGAUCAGACACAGGUGAGCCUCACCUGUAAGACGUCAUUACUCCCUGUAACCAGGGUGCUGAGGGCUGAGUCCAUUGGUAAUAUCAGCGCCAAUUGAUAAAGAAUGAUCUCUAUCACCUCAAACUAGUUCCAGACCACGUACAACAGUGCAUUUAGUGCAUCCAAUGCCUGGCUGCUAGAGAUAUACUGAUUACUGUUAGAAUCAGAGCACAGUAAUGACGAUACUGUAACCACUUAAAGUGUCUUGUAAAUAGAUAUUGUGUGAUUAAUAUGGUGUCUGUAGUCCAGCACAUUUUUACCAUUUAGAAAUUUGAUCCUGAAAACUGUGAAGGCUUAGUGCUUCUACUUGACAGAGCACAAUAUGCAGGGCAGAGAGGAUGAAGAUGGCAGAAAUAAUGUAAAAGCAGAUACUGCUCAAAAGAUUGUUUAGAAGGUUAAUAUCAAGAGGGAUUAAACAGAACUGAUGCAGCAAUAAGAAAGCCGUGAGGAAUACAGACAAAGUGUCAGUGCUGGCAGUAGAAGCAGCAUCCUGCAGGUUAAA